UGUGGUUCGCAACUUCACUGUUCGCACGUGGCGUCCGUGGUGAUUGUCGCUUGUCGCGGUUAUAAAACCCGUGAGUCGUAAGAUCGCCGCUAAUUGUUUAUGCGUUUGAAUUUACGUAACUUGUAUGAGUAAUUGACAGCGAUCGAAUUGUUAAUUUUGAUAAAAUGCUAACGGGGAAGCUGUUCGACGAGAAUUUGGAACCCAGCUUAUUUUAAUCCGUGUAUAUUCGUCACAAAGUGAGGUUAUAAGGAUUGUCGAUUUUCGCUAGAAUUGUACGACUUUCCGCUAUUUGUGUACAUACGAUAAUAUAUUGUUCUUCUCGCUUGCGCGUGUAAGAGACAAAAAUUAUGGUACGAUAUUUGCUUAAGUUUUCGUACAUUGGUACACAUUACAGGGGUUUACAGAGGCAGACGGCUGACAACUUUAUACGGGAUACGGAUUCCAUCCAGGGCGCUUUAGAAACUGCUCUACGAACCGUCUUGCCGAAGACUCUAAUUAGCCCGUCUCUGUGUCUUUCCAGCAGGACAGAUGCUGGAGUUCAUGCCUUAGGCAACACUGCUCAUGUAGAGCUCGAAAACAAAUACAACACACUAUAUGAUUCGUCGGUUGUAAAGAAAUACGUUAAUCGUUAUUUUGCCAAAUGUUGUCACACCAUUAGGUUACUAGAUUGUAUACCUGUCACGAAUGAUUUUCACUCAAGAUAUUCAUGUAAAUCCCGAACGUAUUUGUACAGAUUUAUGGUACCUAAGGUAUGUGAAGAGCAACGGAUAUCCCUUCCUGAAGCGACGCAUACUUACCAUUUAAGGUCAUACGAUUUCGACAUAGAUAGAGCGAAACGUGGUACACAAUUGUUUAUGGGAACAAAAGACUUUACUACGUUUAGCUCGAAAGUUACGGAUCGAAAAAUUCAGUAUGUACGCGCCUUACAGGCUUUUACGUUGGAAGAGGCGCAGCCUUUAAUGCCUUUCGAUCCACUGUCCAAAAAUUUUACGUACUGGCACUUCACGUGCAAGGCACGAGCCUUCUUGUACAAUCAGGUCAGACGAAUGGUCGGUGCUCUAAUCGCGCUAGGACAGGGAAAGAUAACGGAGAAGGAUAUCACUGUAAUGUUACAAGUUCCCUCCCAUCAUAACUGGAAUAAUCGUAUUACGCCUGUACCACCGAACGGCUUGCAUCUACUGAACGUAGAAUAUGAUCCAGAUGAAUUAACACGUUGCACUAUAUCGAAGGAGCAAGCGGAGAAACCAGAAUCGGAGGAGCAAACACGGAAACGGCGGUGGGAAGAGCGAAAACAAGGACUGCGAUUGAAGGAAUAGAAGAAAAAUAUAUGUUUAAAAGACUAUUAAUUGCAACAGUUGUGAAAGAUAAUAUUCUAUGUACAUAAAAUAGUAUCUAUCAUACGAUAGAUAUUAAUAAAAUUAGCAUACAGAAA